CGCAAUUCGUGUUCUCGGUUUGAUCGUGCCGAGCUGGUUAUAUAUUGGUGUUAACUCUCAAUGAUACGAGACCAAAAAGAUGAGGAGAAAUCAUAUCUGAUCACAGAGGCAAUAUAUACACACACACACUCUCUCUCUCUCUCUCUCUGAAAAUCAAUCCUAAAACAUGGCUCCCUCCCUCACUGAGACAGUGGGCCUUCGGGCACCGCCUGUUGCGCUUCCGCUAAAGUCGGACGGCGGCCAGAACAAGGAGAACUUGAUUGGAUACAAGAUCGAAAAGGAGCUAGAGAUUAGGGGCACAGACAAGGUGCCUCCUGUAUCCUAUCCGGAAUAUCUGCCCGUUUGGGAUAAUGAGACAGAAAGAUAUCCUCCUCUGGAGCUCUUCGAGCACUACGAUCACGGCAAAGAUGCCGACGCCUCUUUCCCAGACCUGCUGCCCAAGGGCCAAGUUGAGGUCGACCAGAUCACUCCUUUCAUUGGCUCUGAGAUCCAUGGCGUGCAACUAAGCCAACUAUCUGACAAGGGCAAAGAUCAAUUGGCCCUCUAUGUUGCACAGCGACGAGUCGUCGCCUUCCGCGACCAAGACUUCGCAUCCCGCCCGAUUCAAGAGGUUGUCGACUAUGCCGGCUACUUUGGCCGACACCACAUCCACCAGACCUCAGGGGCACCCAAGGGCUUCCCAGAAAUCCACCUUGUCUUCCGUGGUGCUGACGACCGCACCGGCGAUAACUUCCUGAAGCAGCGCACCAAUACUAUUACAUGGCACUCGGAUGUCACCUUCGAGAAGCAGCCCCCAGGUACAACUUUCUUGUAUGCGCUCGACGGCCCCACCACAGGUGGUGACACCCUGUUCGCCGACAUGGUCCAGGCAUAUAAGCGUCUGUCGCCUGGCUUCCGGGAACGACUGCACGGAUUGAAGGCUGUACACUCCGGUCUCGAGCAGAUUAAUGCUAGUUUGAAUGGCGGUGGUAUUGCCCGCCGUGAUCCUGUUACAUCGGAGCACCCCAUUGUCCGAACUCACCCGGUAACUGGCGAGAAGGCACUUUACGUGAACCCUCAGUGUAAUCACCCGUUACAUUGUUGGAUACAAAAAGAGGAAUCAGACCACCUCCUCAAGUUCCUGUACGACCACAUCGCCUUGUCGCAGGACCUUCAGGCUCGUAUUCGCUGGAAAGCCGGUACCGUUGUCGUCUGGGAUAACCGUGUGGCUUGCCACUCUGCCGUUUUCGACUGGGAGGAUGGCCAGCGCCGACACAUCGCUCGUCUCACACCCCAGGCUGAGCCUCCCUUUGAGACACCCUUUGAUGGUUAG